AUGUCUCCAAUCAAUGUCGAUGUUUUAAGUGGGAAUAAGGCCCCAUCUCCUGCAAAGAAGGUGCUUCCCGAAGUGGAAACCGAAAAUGGAAAUGGAAGCAGGUACUCAUAUGAAAUGCUAGUUGAAACUGCGAACUUCCUCCUGGCUAAAACUUCCGUGAGACCUAUAAUUGGCGUUAUAUGCGGCUCUGGGCUGGGUUCGUAUUGGAAAGAGGGUGCUUUAGCUGAGAGCAUAACAGAAGCUGAAAAUAUUCCAUAUGAAGAGAUACCGAAUUUCCCUGUAAGCACAGUGGAGGGACACCACGGUAAAUUGGUGUUUGGACGCAUUGGGGAAGUGCCAGUGGUAGCCAUGCAGGGACGUUUCCAUUAUUAUGAGGGCUACCCUCUUUGGAAGUGUUGCCUGCCAGUGAGAGUUAUGAAGCUUCUCGGAGUGAAGACUUUACUGGCAACAAACGCAGCAGGAGGUCUAAACCCUUCAUAUAAAAUAGGUGAUCUCGUCAUUGUAAAAGACCACAUUAACCUGAUGGGUUUCGCUGGCAACAACCCACUUCACGGACCUAAUGACGAAAGAUUCGGGCCACGUUUUCCACCCAUGAGCAAGGCAUAUAAAUAUGAGUACAGAAAGAUUGCUAAAGAGGUGGCAAAGGAAUUACAUAUAGAUAAUAUUUUAAGAGAAGGUGUGUACACUUGUCUGGGAGGACCUAACUUCGAGACUGUUGCUGAACUGAAUAUGCUCAAAAUGGUCGGAGUAGACGCUGUAGGAAUGUCCACUGUUCAUGAGGUAAUUACUGCCAGGCACUGCGACAUGAACGUAUUUGCUUUGUCAUUGGUAACAAAUGAAUGUGUCACGAGCUACGACAACAACGAUGAAGCCAACCAUGAAGAAGUGUUAGACGUAGGACGCAUGCGACAAGAUAUUCUCCGAAAAUACAUAUCAAAACUGGUAGACAAAUUCGCCGAGCACUUAAAAUCUGAAAACCCU